AUGGAGGGCAGGGCAGGGUGCCCUCUCUGGGCGGCUGGCCACAUGCACCAGGCCAGGCCCCGGGGAACGGGGCCACUGGGCCUCCCCCCAGCUGCGGUGGGCAGGGAGAGGGUGCCAGGCGGGCCGUGGGUGCAUGUGAGGGCAGAGACUGCUUGAGGCUUCUCCUCCUCCAGCCCCUGGCAGCUGCCCCGCCUCCUCCUCCCCCAGCCCACCAGCACUGCCCACGCUGUGGUUCUACUCACACCUUUUCCCGGGGCUUCUGACAGGCUCUGAGCCCCCAGGAUGAAGGGCCCAUCCUUGCCGUGGCUUCUGGGGCCUCCCAUGGGAUCCACUGGACCCUGGGCACCCUUCUGUCACCUUCACUUCACAGAGCAAGAAAUGGGACUUGGGCUGAGCUCACCUGCCCUGGCGCAGCACACCAACCCUAGGCGGGGGACUCCUCAGGGCCAGGGAGGGUGCCGGGGCUCAUCUGCCUUCAGGCGUUGGGCCAGCAUGUCGCCCUUUUCCAGCCUGUUUCCUCCUCUGUAAAGUAGUGGCGUGGCACCCCGUGCAGUCGGGUAGGAGAGCAGAGUUCUGAGGGCCCAGCCUGGGCAGUCUCAGAGCUAUCCCUCUGCGCCAUCAGCCGCUCUGAGUUGCCUGUAGUGCCCUUCCUCCUCCUCAACCCCUCCAGGCUUUUAAGCAGAGUUGAAUAGCCACCUCCUCCAUGAAGCUGGGAGGCUGUCCUGCUCCGAACACCUCUGAUGGCAUGGAGCACGCAGGCCGGACCUCGAGAUCCUGGGCGGCAGGGCUGGCAUCAGUCAGCUUGCCACCACCCACCCAGGCCAGGCACUCCGUGCUGAGACUUUGGGAGGGUGGAGAGCCAGGGACGCCCACAGGGGCGGGAUCUGCAAGGUCUGAGGAGCUAAAGGCAGCCUGGCUCACCCCUCUCCCCAGCUCCCACUUGUUGGGUCCCUGCAGAUGCAGAGAGAUGGCUCUGAUCUCGUCUCCACCUGGCAGGGUCUCUGGUUGCCACCCCAGGUCAGGACCAGCACCAGGAUCUGCGGGAGCCUGGCUGAGCACGCCCCCUUCCUGCCUCCCCUUACCUCUGGGCCCCGUGAGCUCGUCCUGCUGGCGUCCAGGCUCUGCUGGGGCCUGCCCAGGUCAGACCUCCCUUCCCUGCCCAGCAGGAAUGUGUCCUCCUGCUGUCCCCCAGGAGCUCCAUGGCCUGGGAUUUGAGAAGUGCCUGGGGUCCAGCCCCCAGGCUCACCAAUGCCACUUAACAAAUGGGAAACUGAGGCCCAAGAGAAAGCAGUGCAACACCCGGGGGAUCGGCAGAGCCCUGGCCUGGCUGUGUGGGGGCUCACCCCCUUGUCACUCGGUGCUCGGCCAUGAGCAUCCCUCCAGCGGGCCCAGCGCCCGCUGCAGCCCCAGGCUCACAGCUCAGUGGAGCGUGGAGGACAAGGGGGAGGCCGCCCCAGAACAGUGCCAGCAUGAGCGAGACAGGCAGCCGCAGGACCAGGAUGAGGACGGAGGCGGCCAUGUCCCUGAACAGCCAGAGCAGGAGACACUCCUCAGCCUGAAGGCCUCGGAGGCCCCUGAACUGGAUGAGGAUGAGGGCUUUGGUGACUGGUCCCAGAAGGCAGAGCAGCAGCAGCGCGAGGGGGCCCAGGGCACCCCAGACACUGGAGAGCCCUCCCGGUGCAGGGGUCCUGAAGGGGAGCAAGAGGACAGGCCCAGCCCGCAUGCCUGCGGAAAGGGUGAUGGAGAUGAAGGCCUCCUGGGGGAGUUGAGUCUGAGCAAGGAGGGGCCAGACCUGGAGGACACCGUCCAGGACAGCCUGGGGGCCGCCGGGGCAGAGGAGGAACAAGAGCACCGGAAAUGUCAGCAGCCCAGGACACCCAGCCCCUUGGUCUUGGAGGGGACCCUUGAACACAGCUCGCCUCCCCUGAGCCCCACCACCAAACUCAUCGACAGGACCGAGUCUCUAAACCGCUCCAUAGAGAAGAGUAACAGUGUAAAGAAGUCCCAGCCAGACCUGCCCAUCUCCAGGAUUGACCAGCGGCUGGAGCAAUACACCCAGGCCAUCGAGACCUCUGGCCGGACCCCCAAGCUAGCCCGCCAGGCCUCCAUAGAGCUGCCCAGCAUGGCUGUGGCCAGUACCAAGAAUCUGUGGGAGACCGGUGAGGUACAGGCGGCUCAGUCUGCGGCCAAGACACCACCCUGCAAGGAUAUUGUGGCUGGAGACAUGAGCAAGAAAAGCCUCUGGGAGCAGAAGGGAGGCUCCAAGACCUCGUCAACAAUUAAGAGCACCCCAUCUGGGAAGAGGUAUAAGUUUGUGGCCACUGGGCAUGGGAAGUAUGAGAAGGUUCUUGUGGAGGGGGGCCCAGCGCCCUAGGCCUGCCAUCUUGCUUCCUGGGUCUGCAGGUCCAGCCGGGUGGCACCCUCCAUGUACCCAGGGGAGAUUCCGGCCAGACACCCGCCCCCUGCCCUGGCUAAGAAGUCGCUUCCUGUUACCAGCAUGGCCUACCCUCGCCUCUUUGAUGCCCCCUGCUGCCACCUCCUUUUGCUCCUGGACCCUUCAGCCUCCCUGCCCUUCCACUCUCUGACCGCCCGCCUGCCCUGCACCCACCCAGCUCUACUUCUCAUUACUUGGGGGAGGAAAGAAACUCCUGAUCAUUGGCCAAAGGGACUUACCCCUGGAGAGGCCAAGUGCCUUCUAGGAAGGUAAGAGGUUGAGUCACAGCCUGUGCAGAGAGGGCAGGUCACCCCCCAGAUCCGAGGGGAAACCAGAUCAAGAGCUGACUGCGGCCAUGCAGGAGGCUUGAGGCUGAGGUCCCCCCACUCUUUGCUUGCUGCCCCCACCCCGCCAUUUGUGUAAUAAAGCUCCCUGUGUAUUCCC